UGCGCGUGCGUGUGUCCCCGCGGUGCCGUGAGCUGUCGAGCGUGUGCGUGACGCUCCGUCAGCGGCACGUGAGCGCCGCCUUCCACUUAGACACGGAUCAAAGAUGCAUAUUAUUGAUCCGCGGACUGAUGUGCCGCGGGGACAGAUCCGCGCUUGCGCCGCUGGGGGGCGCACUGGAGCCACGAUCGCCGGAGUUGAAGUACAGUGUCUGUGCGCUCGGUGCGCUGAAUGAAAGGGCUGCGUCGCUCCGGCGACGUUUGUGUUCGGAGCCCCUGAGAAGCUGAAAGAGCCCGAGAAAGAGGAAGAGAAAGAGCGGGGCGGAGGCACAGGGCACCGCCAGUCUCUGACCCCCCCCUCAUGGACCCUCCAGGAGGAGGCAACACGACAGCUGGGUUCGAAGCGCAAUCUGGCACCUGCAUCGCCCGCCCCCACCUCCCCCCCCGCCCCAUCUGCACCGUACAGCGCUUUUCGGACACCGAAGAAGGGUUCGGAGCAGCCGAGGGUGCAAAGGGACCGCGGUGCCUCCGCCUCCCAUCACUUUUCUCCGUUGCACACCUCUGUCUUGUGUGUGUCGCGAGACGUCGCUAGUUUCUGCAUCCGCGUGUUUAUUUCACGCGCCGUACUAGCGUAGGCAAUCAAUGGCAGUGUGCGCGGGGUGCGCACCUUUCGGAUGACUUCACCUGUCCGCGGUUCCAUGAAAUAGGUAAUAAGGUCACUCUGCGGCAAACACAGACGAGGCGACUUGUGCGGCCAUCAUGGCUCUGAACACCAACGGCACGCAGCCCCCCGCAGAGCCUCGCGCGCUCCCCACCACACUCGAGGGGGUCGAGCAGCCUCAGCAGGAACCGGGUCCAAACCUGCAGCAGGAGGAGGAGCCCCGCCCGUCCGUUGUCGCCUCCGAGCCAAUGAGUGGGGAGCAGCAAGUCCCGCCCCCUGCACCUGGCCCCGCCCCCGCCCCGCAGAAGGAGAUCUGGUCCGGCGAGCAAGUACUUGCGGUCAAGGAAAACAUGGAAACCAGUAACGGCACGUGCCUGAUACCUGCCGACUCCCCAACUCUAUCGUCCUGCUCGUCUCCUCCAACGCGCCAGCAAGCCAAGUCUCAAACCCUCUCCCAUGCUCACCUCCCCAACGGCGGGGCCAGAGGGGGCAGCCGGUCGGGGUCACUCAGUCACGUGACCACCUCGCCGCGCCCAUCCCUCUCUCGGCACCCCAGCACGGCCACGGACUCCGGGCUCCCCGGGGCCAAACCCAGGGACUACCUGUUCCUGGCCAUCCUGUCCUGCUUCUGUCCCGUCUGGCCUCUCAACAUCGUGGCGCUGACUUUCUCCGUCAUGUCCCGGAACAGUCUGCAGCAGGGCAACGUGGAUGGCGCUCGACGCCUCGGCCGAGUGGCCAAGCUGUUGUCUGUGGUCUCGCUGCUCAGUGGCAUCGUCAUCAUCAUCGCCUGCAUCAUCAUCAACUGGGGAGUUAUCCUGAAGUCCUGAGCGCCAUGAGCACGAGGCCGACCGGUGGUCCCAGGCCGCUCCUCCGAAACUUCUCCAAAGCAUUUUUCCAUCAGAAACCCAACCACUGUGGAUCACUGGGAGCCGCCACGUUCCACUCGUAUCAUCCGGUAAAAACACUUCUGUACAAAAGGUGCUCGGAUUUCACACGCUCUCUGUCCGAGAAAGGUGAGAGCUUCUGAGUUGUGGCUCUUUCUCCAUCCAGCAGUAAGAAUCGCGUCGGUACCGAUAGUCCACUGGCUCCUUUCUGCUCGCCCAUUGAGACGAGGGUCUUUCACCGUACAAAUCUGACUUUCCAACCAUCUUCCACGCACCUCUGAGCGGAGACAUGAACCGUUCCUCUCGUGUCACUUUGCACAGACCCGAUUUUCCUUUAAAGACACUCUAUAUGUAACCUCGAGCAUGGCAUGAGUAAAUAAUCUCAAUAUACUGAUAUGAGGAGAAAUUCGUCUUGCGGAGACCUAUAUAAGCUGGACGUUUCCAAGUUUUGGUCAGUUACAAACGUUGCAUGAGGGGAAAAGAGAGCAAGGGGUGUGUGCACGAGGGCUGAGGACUGACUGACCUUAAAUGACACAUGAGGGGACAGUGUAGGGCAGCUCCAGCAGUGAAGGACAAGAAGGAGGUGACAGAGUUCAUCCCGCUGGGGGAAGGACCCCACCUCCUGGAAAAGGGGACUGGUUUGUGGGAGGGGAGCGGAGGGUACACUCUCUGGCCCUCUGGAUCGUGCGGGACUCCUCUCCUGAGACCGCACUCGCACAGAUACGUUUCACUCCGCAUCAGCACAAGCUCAUCCACGAGAGCUGCGGUCAGGGAAAGGCGCGAGAGUGAAAGUGCUGCGCGGGGGGGUCCUGGACCAUCUGCCGAGUAACCGCCGCUGCGUUUUUAAAGUCUUCCCACGAGCCGUCAGUGUGCGCGUGUGUAUUUUGACGCCCCUCCGACACGGACGUCUUCUCCGCAAACUGCGCGAGCAGUGGCGCGCGGCAAUAUGUCGCUCUCUCGCCCAAGGUUGAAUGUUUCUCUGAACGUCGCUGCAAGUUGUAAAAGUGCCGCGGCCUCGUUCACUAAAAAUGAGCGGCGGAGAGAUACUUUGGGGGCGUCCCUCUCGGUGGGGGGUCGCGGGCCCCACUCGCCCACCCGCGGAGGAGGAGGAGGAGGAGGAGGAUGAAGAGAACUGCUGCACGCGACAGCAGGCAAAGACGUGCAACCCCUGUGAAUGACAGCUUGUUUUUCCUUCCCCAACAGUAUAAGGAUCACUUAUCAUAUGUAACUUGCCUGCACUGUCUUGUGUCCCAGACAUGAUGAUGAAACAAAAAAGAGUGUUUGUAUACUAUAUGUAUAUCCAUGUUUAGAGCUGUUAUGGGAGAAUGACUCCGAUCAUUACCACUAUAUUAUAUACUACAGUAAACACAGUAUACAUUAUGACACGGAGUAAGUAGGACGAAUUUGUAGGAGCGGCGCUGUGCGCGUUUUUCCCGCCACGCGCGUCGCCACGUGUUGAUCUGUCGGAGCGGCGCUUCCCGCGCGCGCUCCUUCACCCGACACUGAGCCCGUGUUCUUUGCGUUUCCGACAGAAUCCGAAAAUGGAACUUAUUCUCGCACCACACACACACACACAUUAUUGGUGAGACUAUAUAGCUAUGGCGGGAGUUAAUUUCGCACCAAGCAGCUGUGCAUGUCUGAGCUGAGUGCUGUAACGGAACGGAAUGUGUUGUGGCCCGUUUCUCUGCACAGGACGGUCCGGGGUCCGAAUUCAAUUAGCGCUCGCAAUAAAAAGCCAAUGAAAUUGAA